CUCAGUUGCAGAAGUGAAACCAGCCACUAAAACUUUACAUUUACAAAAGAGCUCUCCCAUUUACCCUUCAGACAAUCAAGCGUCACAAAGUCAGGUCAGAAAAAGAAGAAAAGUCAAUUUAUGCCAUGUUGGGUGAAGGAUUCCUCAGAGUGCUGCGUUACAGAGAGGAGAGAAGGUUCGCCUCAGCCCCCAAGCCAAAGAGCUCACAGACAAACAGUCAAUGUACGGAUUUAUGCAGCGGUAUCACUGACUCGGCCUCAGAGCAGUUCACAGAGUCAGCCGAAGCAGACCCAAACCUGGACAAACCCGAUUCUGACCAGUUCCAGGGACUAAAAGUAAUACAUCAAGGCCCUGCGGGCCUCUUAAUCCCUGGCUCUUCACCUCUCCCUGCACUGGAAGCUGACUUUUGCUUAGAAGACUGUAGCCUCCUGGAACAAUACCCAGACCUGCAGGUGGCCGACUCAGGCCGCAUCUCACACAACCCACUGAGACCCAUCAUCACCCACAAUCUCAUUCCUGGAGUCUCAAAUCACCCAGCCGUGCAGGAUCCCCAAAGUGAGCCUGUGCCCUCGAUAUCAGACCAGGGUUAUCUGGUGAUGGGGGCCAGUGUCAGUUUGGACCUGCCAGGUUCAGCGCUGGAGCCCAUGUCUAACUCAGUGCUGAACGGGCUUCUGGAAAAGCAGCUGGAGGAGGUGUACAUGCAGCAUCUGACUGACAACCUGGCUCGUUGUCACUCCCACCUUGGGCCCAGCCUACUGCAUGGCCUGGUACCUCCGCUGCAGCCUUGCAGCCAGCUGGGAGGGCCCGACUCACUGGAGGCCAGUCUGGAAGGAGAACCAGGAGGAGACCGUGGGAAGAAGAUCAGUUACCUGAGCACUCAGAACUUAGCACCCUGCUCAUCUAACUUCAGCUCCCCUGUUCUGAGGAUUUCAGAGGCUGAAAAUGCUCAUCUGUGAGUGCAGCCAUGUGUAUUUCCUGCAGCAUGAUAAAGGUGAUGCUAAGGUAGUUUUAGUCCUGUUUUUUUCCCUUCCAAUUCAGACACAUACUCACAUGAAACUGUGGUAUUUAAUUAAGAGGAGUUCAGUUUGUCAAUGCAUGCUUUCAUUUGUGUUUUAAAAAUGCCUUUGUUUGCUGAAAUAACUCAUAUUUGCUUGCUUUUAUAUGCCACCUGCUGUUUCAUUUUGGUACUACACCAAAAUGAAUCCACCUGACACAGUGCAUCAGCGUUUAUUCUAACAUUAUAAAUGGGAGAGUGCAAACAUUUUUUUUAAUUUAAAAGAACUGUGAAAUAGUGCAUGCUAAGGAAGUCUUGUAAAUAAAUUAUACUAUUGACCUCUACAUAAUGUAAAACAAAGUUCUGGAGUAUAUGUUUGAUUUGAUAUUUAGUUUUUUUAUCUGGUUUAUCAAUCUCAGUUUGUGGUGAACUGUGAUUUUGACUCUGCCUUUUGCCUCUGUUUUUUCUGCUGAUUAUUUCUCUGCCUUUUCUGAAUCAGACUUGGACUUUAUUAAACAACUAGCCCUUUUGAACCUCC